UUGCAGAUUGUUUUGGCGAGAUGAGACAAUCGAGUUUACUAAAUUUUUUUGGUAAGAAACCAGAAGUUUCAUCAGUUACGUCCUUGCAUGAAUCGCCAAAUAAAGUUGUUGGACUUAUAGAAUCAAAGCACUCUAGUUGUGACGAAAGCUUCAUUAUUCCUGGAACACCCGAUCCUACUAACAGAAAUUUAGGAGCUUCGUUAAGUGGUAGAGCAGCUUUGGGAACUAUACACAUUGACAAGAUUUCAUCUCCAAAGUUAUGCAAACGGAAAGUUGUUGCUCGUCGUUCAUCGCUUACAGUUCGUCGUGAUGAGAUUCUUCGAUCAAAGCUGCAUAAUUUACUUUCUAGUGAUCCCAUCGAUAAGAAUGAAAAUCAACAAAUGUGUUCUAACAGACAAGCACAAAUUUCUGCUAAGCUCCGUCGAGGAAACUAUGACCUUUUAAAUUAUGCUCCUCAGGAUCAAGUUGUAAAAACAACAUCAAAGGAGAGUCAAUUUAAUGAUGUAAUAUCGCAUCGUUCUGUGAUUACUAGUAACCGUGCUAAAAAGAUGGUUUCCACGGCAUUGCUUACUUGUUCAGCAUCGAAGCGCAAAGCAACUGAAAUUUCAACUGCACAUUCCCCAGAUUCACCAAAUUAUCGAAAACCAAACGAAUACAGCGUUUCUAAUCCUGAAGGUACAAGUACACCAAAGAGGGAUGCAAAUUCAAAACAUUCUGUUACUAGAGAAGUCCACCUAAAUACUCAAGAAUUGUCCGCAUUAGAUGACAUUUUAGACCAACUUGUCAGAAAAGAUGACCUACCUAGUCAUAAGCAUAUUAAGCAAGAAGCUGUCACUCUAGAUUCAUCACAAAUAUAUUGUCAUAAUGAACACAAUACACAAUCCUCUGUACAUGAUGAGACAUUUCAGUUGCUGAAUUUAAGUGACUGGUCACCUGUUAAGGAAGAGUUAGUUAUGUUAAAACAAAAGCGUACUGUUGACGAUCAGUUACUUCAAAUUCCGGACCAAUCAUUUUUACGUGGGACUGUUGUGCAAAUAAAUAACAAAUGUGACCAAAGUGAACUAGUUGUUCAGUUAGAUGAUGUCAGUAAUACAACUGAUAAUAGAACCAAAAUAAAUGUCAUACUACGUGAUUCUUGGUUCGAUACGCCUAUUCGAAUAAAAGACGCUAUAAAUAUCAUUCCAAAUGUAUAUGGUGAUAUAAAAAGUCCUGUGUAUAAUAAUUCUACUCUAAUUAUAUCAGAUGAUAAUAAUAAUAGGACUCAGAAUGAUUGUGCGGCUUUAUGUUUAAAUCCAGAUUAUUUAUUACCAACUACAAAAAUUGUUAGUAGUUUAAAUUGUUUGAGACGUGUAGUAUUGGAACAGUUUUGGGUUACUGAUGGUGGUUAUCGUGAGGAUAAUGAAAUUACUGUUAUCGAUUCAAAUCAAACAUAUAAUUCUCAAUGUGAUGUAAUGUUGACGGGUAGUUUAGUGCAUGAACUUUUUCAAAAGAUAAUUUCUAGACAUAAUAUUCAAAGAGAGGAUGUUUUACAAAUUGUUUCGGGACUCAUCUAUCGUCCUUCAGUAGUUCUACAAUUGUAUGCUUCUGGUAUUGAACCAAAAAGUUUGUUUACGAAAUUGGAAGAGUUUAUUCCGAAAAUUUUUGACUGGACCCAAACACACUGUAUUCAACACUUACCUUCUCAUAAUAGUGUUACAACAGUUAACCAAGUGAAGAUAAAAGAUGUUGUUGCUAUUGAAGAAAAUAUUUGGUCGAAUCGGUUGGGUUUAAAAGGAAAAAUUGACUCAACAUUACUGUGUGAAAUUCCCUUACUUGGUGAAUUAAAACCUACAUUGAACUUAAUUCCUAUGGAAUUAAAAUCUGGUAAUCCAUCUUAUUCAAUUGAACAUAAAGGUCAAGUCUACUUAUACCUAAUGUUGGCUAGAGAAUUUUACGGUACUCAUUACAGUACCUCUAAAUAUGCUAGAGUUCCAGUCGCAAAUGCUGGCUGGCUUGUCUACCUAAAGGAGCCGAUAAAACAGAAUUUUCAGAAACACAUUUCCUUCACAAAUCCAGGCAUUAUUUAUCCAGAUAUUAACAGUUUUCGGGGUCUUAUACAGACGAGAAAUAGGCUGGUUUCAGGAAUUAUCGAUCUACUAAAAUCAGCUGAUACUUCUCACGAACAGUUGCGUGUUAGCAAUCAGAAACUGAAGUUACCUGAUUGUAUAAAUCAGUUACGUGUUUGUCAAACUUGCAGUUUACAGCUUACAUGCAGCUUAUUAACAGAAAAUCCUGCAAAACCAUAUUCGAGUGCGCAUGAUUCAUUUUCCAGCGUUCACAAAAUUCUCAUAAACCAUCGGUCUCACCUUCAACAAGUAUAUAUUGAUUUUUUUAUCAAGUGGUCUAAACUCUUGUUAACAGAAUACUUGGAUAAUGAACGCUUCGAACAUGUAAUUGGAAAUAUUUACAAAACAUCUUUAAAAGUUGACAAACCCAUCACUAAUGGUACUAUUCGCGGUUUACGUUUAGUGAAGACGAAAAUUUUACAAAGUUCAUUAUCUGGUGAAGAUGACGUUCAGAGUUGGUUUAUUUUACACAAAUCCCUUGAUCAACCUUAUGAAUCCUUAUUAUCCCUUUCAAGUCUGAGUAUUGGUGAUUUUGUUAUUGUCAGCAGUGAUGAUUCUCGUUUCCUGGGUAUUGAACUAGCAACUGUAGCUGCAGUUGAAGGACUUCAUGAAGUUGAUUUUACUAGUCAUGGAUUCGUUUCACCACUGUCUGACUAUAAGAAAUAUGUAUUAUCUUUGAUUUCAACCAGGUUAUUUCCCGAUCGAAUUCAAUUGUUUCGUGUUGAUCGUUAUGUGUCAAUGAAAGCAAUUCAGUUGAAUCUAUCCAACUUGGUGGGUUUAAUGAGGAAUUCCAAAUUAUGUCAUUUACUACGGGAGCUUAUCAUUGAUGGUCGUAUACCGGAUAUGUCGAAAACAAUAUCUAAAAAGAUUGUCAAAGAAAUACGCCCUAUUCUGAAACCAUUGAAUGUAAAUCAACGUACCGCUAUACUACAAACGCUUUUUUCACAAAAUUAUAUUCUUAUCAAAGGAUAUCCUGGAUCAGGAAAGACCGAAACUUUGGUAGCAUUAUUACGUGUCCUCAUUUUGUUAAAGAAAAGAAUUCUUGUCACAGCACAUACUCAUUCCGCUGUCGAUAAUUUACUUUUAAGAUUAUGUAAAACUGGUGAGACUCGUGUUAUAAGACUUGGACAAAUGGAUCGAAUACUUCCUGAAUUAUUGAAUUAUUCAUUUGAAUACAAACUGAAUACAUUUCUAAAGUCUGAUGAUAAACUUAAAAAUGAUGUUAUUGACUAUAUAAAUAAUAUUAUGGCAAACACUGUCGUUGUUGGAUGCACAGCUUUAAGUGCAAGUGGAGGGAAUGAUCUACGACAUUCAGCUUUGACAUAUCAAAAAUUCGAUGUUGUCCUAAUUGAUGAGGCUAGUCAAUUAAUGUUUCCUACUACUUUGGGGCCAUUACUGUGCCUUGCUGAUGAGCAACAGUCUCUUGACUCUAUAAAAUGUUGUCGUUUUGUACUGGUUGGGGAUCAUUACCAGUUACCUCCUUUAGUUCGUAGUCAAAAAGCUAGGCUUGGCGGACUGGAUCAAAGUCUUUUUUCAUUGUUAUUAAGCCAUCAUGACAGUGAUAAUAGUUCAUUAGCAACAAAUUCAUCAAUGGACCUUUCAAAAAAAGGAUAUGUAACUGAAUUAACAAUUCAAUAUCGUAUGAAUUCUAAGAUUAUGGCAUUAUCCAAUCAGUUAACCUAUAAAAACAAAAUGUCUUGUGCUAAUUCAUGCGUAUCACAAGCUACACUGAAGUUAAAUCCUAAUAUCGUCUCAGAUGAAAUAUCGGACAAGUUGCCAUUAUGGAUAAAACGUGUAAAUAGUCCACUUCUUUCGGAUUCUGUAUUGCUUUUAGAUACAAAAAUGCUUGAUUGUUACCGUCUUUCUGAAAAUGAAUCUCGUACAUCGAAUUCUAAUCCGAUUGAAGCUCAGUUAAUUCUCUAUAUAAUAAGACGAAUCCAUCAUGUAUUUCUUCUCGAGAUGGAAGACAUAGGCGUUAUCACACCAUACAGAGCACAAGUUUAUUUAUUAAAAAAUAUGAUGAAAGAGAAUUCUUUUGGAUCAAUUGAAGUGAAUACAGUUGAUCAAUUUCAAGGUCGUGACAAAAGACUGAUUUUACUCUCGCUAACUAAUUGUCCAUCUUCAUUUUUAAGAACAAAUGGAAAUGAGGUAACGUUACUGAUUUUUCAAUAAACUCAUUCAAAAUAGUUUCAUUGUUUCCUUGCAUAGUUUUCUAAAUUUUCACGACAUAAUAUUCUUUGUCGUGAAUUUAUUUACUUUCUGGUCGAAAUAUACUUGUGUCGAUAAUCAAUUAAAGUGUAUCGAAUUCCAUGAUUUCGUUCAAAAUGAUCAUAAACUCUCUUUAGUCAUUCCUUGUUUUCAAACAUAUUCCAAAUUAUUUUCGUAUUAUUUGGUCAUGGCAUUACUAUUUUACAGCAAAUUCUCACUUUAGUUGAGUUAUUUUACGGAGAUCAGUUUAAUUUGUGGGCUAUAUUGGUCACAGACUGAUCUUUAGACAUGUAGGUACUGAUUUCGACCCCCGGCAUGGUCGUGAUUGCACUAUUAAGGAGUUGGGUACUAAACAACUUUGUAGUGCUGCUUGAUUUUCAAUGGUUCUCCGAAUGAGAUCAAUCUGUGACGAACACAGUCUGUAAAUAUGCGCGUUAUGUCGAAAUAUACUUGGAAAGACUGUUAGUAUGAUGAGAUUAAUAAUUAACUAUUUAUUUUUGUAUCAUAACAAAAAUCAUUUGUAGAUUUUAUUUUUAGGUCUAUUUAUCAUUGAAUCAAUUGGCUUAAUGUGAUAUUUGAUAAAGAUAACUCAUGGAUAGAUUUCCGGUACCAAACAUAUAAUAUGAAUUUAUCUAGCAAUAUUUUACGGUUAUGGCUUAUUUUUAAUUUAUUUUUUGAUGCAACAGGAAUAUUUUGCUAUAAAGUCAUUUAGACUAUAUCAUCAGAGUAAUUCAGAUUAAUGAUUCUUUAUAUUUCACUACUACAAUUAUUGGAAGUGUUAAUAAUUUUGUCUAAUAUAGAGUCUUGCUUAUGUGAAUUGUAACCGUUAAAAGCGUCGAUAUAUAUAUAUGGUUAUAUCUCGGUUUGGAAUCACACUGAUUAGUUAGAGUAAUGAUAUUCUUCCUGGCUUUUUGAACCAAAAUAAGUUGAGUUUGGGUCAAGCUCACAACCUCCUGUUUUUUUCUUUCGUCCGACGUUUUUCAUUUGUAUUUCUAUCUUAAAUCACUAAACACAAUUGAAAUUUUAAAGUUUAUAUAUGCAUUUAUAUAUCCGAUGACCUUUA